CGGACUGAUUCCACGCGUGGAUAACAUAUUUAUCUUUUUUAUCGGAUAAAACAUGUGUUCAGCGAUAUAAAACUGAUUAUUUCGGUAAUUAAAUUAAAUUUAGACUUAGUUACGAGUAAUUAUAUUAUAUAAAGCAGUGUCCUCGUCUAGGAAACAUGUUUUUAGUAACACUAUUAAUUAUAAAUGUGAUCUUUGCUUUUGUUGUAUGGGUGUACUGUAAAUUGACUAGCGGCGUAUGUAGCAGCAGCAGACAUUUGGUGGGCAAAACGGUUAUUGUGACUGGAGCGAAUGCUGGGAUCGGGUAUGAAACGGCGAAGGAUUUGGCGGCUAGAGGCGCGAGGCUGAUACUUGCGUGCAGGAACGAAACUCGCGGCCGCGCAGCUAAGGAUCAGAUAACCGCUGCUACUGGAAACUCUGAUGUCCACUACCAACACCUCGACCUUGCAUCAUUAAAAUCAGUCAGAUCAUUUGCAGACAAUAUCCUCAAAAACGAACAACGUCUCGACGUCCUCGUGAACAACGCAGGCUGUUAUGGAUCAAAUUUCGAGAAAACUGAAGAUGGACUACUUCUAGAAAUGCAGAGUAAUCAUUUCGGACCUUUCCUCCUCACCAAUUUGUUACUUCCACUGCUUAAAUCCUCAGCACCAAGUCGCAUAGUGAAUGUUUCAUCGGUCGCACACAUGGGGGCAGUUAUUGACCUCGAUAAUCUAAACGCGGAAAAGGAAACUAAAAAAACCUAUAGUAAAAUGACAGUGUAUUGUAAUACAAAGAUGUGUAACAUCUUGAUGACAGUAGAAUUGGAGAGGCGGUUAAAAGGAACGGGUGUGACGGUAAAUGCUUUACAUCCUGGAAUAAUCGCAACGGGGAUUUCCUCACACGACCGGCUAAUGAGCAGUCUAAUGAGUACCUCUUUGUUUUUCUUGAAGCCAUAUUGUAAAACACCGUGGGAAGGAGCGCAGACCACUAUCCACCUAGCCGUGGCGCCGGAGCUCUCUGGUACGAGUGGUCGGUAUUUUAGAGACUGCAGAGAAGUGAAACCGAGUAAACAAGCUCAAGAUACUGAAAUGGCUCGAAAACUUUGGGAAGAAUCGGAGAGACUGGUUAAAUUAAAAACUGCAUAGUUAAUUAUCAUAUUCAAAUAAUGCGAUUGUUUAUUAUGUGAAAGUGUCAGUGGAAUUGUGAAUGAUGUAUUUUGAUGAGAUUGACUAAUGUCCAAAAGUUAAUAUGUAAAUAAGUAGGUUUAUAAGUAAUAAAAAUAAUCAAUAAAUACAACUAAGCACAGCAAAUAAUGAUAAUGAUUAGACAAUAAACAUUU